AUGACAAGUUCGACAAUUUCAUUUCAAAGUGUAUUUAGAAAUCAAACGAUUAGACAAUCAAUAUUUGAUCAUGUCAGUUUGAUAUCACAACAACAAACAUCAAUAGGGAACCCUAUUGAUAAGAUUAAAUGGGGUCCACAUCAAACAAACAUAUCACUUCAAGGAAAGGAUAUUGUAAAGUUACCUCAUCUUGCAAUGAUUAGCAAGUAUGCAAUGCCAUGGGACUUUAUCAAACAUUAUUUACCACCUCGAGAGAAUGUAUUGUUUGAAAGAAGAAUGCAUUCAAUUACAAAGUAUUGUGGUCAUCCAAAUGCUAGGUUGGAUACACUCUUACAACUAUUAGAAUGGUCACCUGAUUAUAAUCCAAAUCAAGAUGUUGUUACAGGUCUUGAAAAGACCUAUUACUCUUUACUUGCAAUCAAUGUUGUUAAGUCGGGUCAUUCAGAUAUACUGACCUAUCUUAUGAAUGUAUACCCAAAUAUCAACUUGAACAAGACAAAAGAAUCGGCUGCUGAAUUUGGGUAUCUCCUCAUUCUCCAAAUACUCGAUACUCUAGAAAAAGGAGGUAAUUACUCUACCAAUGAAAUGAAUAGAGCUGCAAAGAAUGGACAUUUAAGUGUAGUAGAGUAUUUACACAAUCAAGGUGCUAAAUGUACUGAUAUUGCAAUGGAUUAUUCCGCUUGUAGAGGUCACUUUGAUGUAUUAAAGUUUCUUCAUUUUAAUCGUAGUGAAGGGUGCACAACUGAUGCUAUGGAUGGAGCAGCAUCAAUUGGUAAUAUGGAAAUAUUAAAGUUUCUUCAUGAAAAUAGAACUGAAGGAUGUACAAAUCAAGCUUUGAAUUCAGCUGCAGAGAAUGGACAUUUAGAGGUGUUAAAGUUUAUUCAUUUGAAUAAAAGUGAUCAAUGCUGGACAAAACAAGUUAUGAAUGUAGCAGCAUUUAAAAAUCAUUUAGAGAUUGUUGAAUGGUUACAUUAUAAUCGAAGUGAGGGUUGCACAACCAAUGCGAUGGAUAGAACAACCAGUUUGGAUAUAGUUAAAUUCUUGCAUUUUAAUAGAACAGAAGGAUGUACAAAAGAUGCUAUGGAUUUUGCAACCAUUGAUAUGACUACAAGUUUAGAUAUUAUUAAAUUUCUAAAUGAAAAUAGAUCAGAAGGAUGUACUACCUAUGCAAUUGAUAAUGUAGUUUUACUUGAAAAUAACUUUAAUAUUAUAAAUUAUCUAACUUUAUAUAGAACUGAAGGAGGGUCAAAAAAAGCUUUGGAAAAUGCAGCAACAAGUAAUUUCUGUGAUCUUGAUAUGAUUAUAUUUCUACAUGAAACACUCCAUAUUGAAUGUACGGAAUAUGUAUUGGUCAAUGCUGCGGAUAAAGGUCGAUUGGAUGUCAUUGAAUAUUUCCAUCGUCUGUAUCCACACCGAUCAGAUAUAUGGACAACCUCUGUUAUGAAUCGUGCUUCAUAUGGCGGCCAUUUAAAUAUUGUAAAGUUUUUACAUUUAAAUAGAUCAGAAGGAUGUACAACCAAUGCAAUGGUAUGGGCAGCACAAAGAAAUCAUUUAAAUAUUGUACAAUUCCUACAUGAAAAUAGAACAGAAGGAGCAACUCCAAAAGCAAUGGAUAUGGCAGCCGCCAAUGGAUAUUUUGAUAUUUUAAAAUAUUUACAUUAUAAUAGAAAUGAAGGAUGUAGUUUUGAAGCUUUGGAUAAUGCAACAAAAAAUGGAUUUGUUGAAAUAAUAGAAUUUCUUUACCAAAAUCGAACAGAAGGAUGUUCCUAUCAAGUAUUGAUUAAACCAAAUUCACAAGUUGCAACCACCUAUGAUGCAUUAAAGUACUUGAUAGACAACAAUGCACUUCCAGCUACCCUCCUACCAGACCAACUCACAAAAUACAAAGAAUAUUCAAAAGUAUCACAAGACUAUGAAUAUAUUCAUCUUAUUGAUCAAUACUACCAAAUUUAA